GCUCAACUUUUUGAGUGUACAACUUUUGUCAUGGUAUUUCGGCCAGGGCUCAGCAAUGCCCUCCGUCAUUUCAGCUCUACAGCGCGGGCUUGUUCACACACGUCCCACAUUGGAAAAGCACCAAUCCAAUUUCCAUCCACUGUAACUCUUACACAAAGUGCUACUUCCCUAUCUGUCAAAGGACCUUUGGGGUCGACUUCAGUUCCGCUUGAGUCCUACAUGCAAAUAUCUUUUCCAGAGCCAGACACUUUGACUUUGGCUGUGGAGAAUGCUGAAGAGAAGAAGCAGCGAUCUAUGUGGGGUUUAACGCGCACACUUAUCAAUAACGCGGUCGUUGGAAUGACGGAGGGUUUCACUGUGCCUCUAUACUUGGUUGGUGUGGGAUACAGAGCUGUGCUCGAGGAUGAUCCAAGAGGCACAACAGAUGGAGGAAAUGGUCAACGGUUGAACAUGAAACUUGGAUUCUCGCAUACCGUUUUUGUGUCUAUCCCAUCUUACAUCAAAGCCGAAGUGCCUUCACCGACAAAAAUUGUUUUGAGCUGCACGGAUAAACACCUGUUAGGUCUCUUUGCUGCUAAAGUCAGGAAGUGGCGACCACCAGAGCCAUAUAAGGGCAAGGGCGUGUUCAUUGGAAACGAGCAAAUACGUAUUAAAGCUGUUAAAAAGAAAUAAUAUGCUACAAUGGGGCGCAUUUUUGGAGAUUACCGCGCACUAAUUCACUCAAUCAUGCUUCAAGGACCUGUAACACUGGCCAUCUUCGAGUGCCUUAGAUUGGGUAUCAUUAAUGACUCUUCAUAGAUCACUACGGACUUGUCCCGUUGAAUAUCACGGUUCGUGUGCGUCAACAUGGCUUACUAUUACCAAUGGGAGGAAUGCUAUCAAUAGGCGAAAGUACUUGCGAGCUCCUGACACAACAGUAUAGAGCUUAUAGAGGUGUCGACCUGAUAUUGUGAUAUCAUACUACGAUU